GUUCGGGUACUGUGGUCGGUCGAUUAUUGUUCUGCAUACUUCAAACAUCUGCUCUCUCUCUCUCUCUCUCUCUCUCUCUCUGUGUGUGUACAAAUUCUCUCUCUAGAUUUUUUCCAUAUAAUAAUUCAGAAUCUGAACAAUCAUACGGACCUUGGUUAUUGAGGAAUGAUUCACCAGUACCCAAUAGCAGACACUUCAUGGUCGAUUUUAUAGCAGCUUGAAAAGGUCUCAACUUACAAUUCUCUCCCCUCCUCCUCUCUCUCUACAAAAUAUACACACAGCAGUACCAAUCUAAGUAUAUAGAAGUGUAACAAGAAUGGCUAUGAAUCUGAGCACAACAACGGUCCAAACCCAUUUCAUGUAUGACCUUCCAAUCAAAUCCAGAUCCACAACCUCCAUGUUCAUCCAACCUCUGAAGAACAAACCUACAGCACGACCCAUCUCCUUCUCUUCUCUCUCCGUCUCUGCAAUUCUCACCAAAGAACGAACUGUCAACGACGAAGACGAAAACCAACAAACCCAUUUAUCAAAACCAUUCAAUUUCAAGUACUACAUGCUUGAAAAGGCCAAUUCCGUCAACCAAGCCUUAGACGCCGCCGUUUCGCUCCGAGAACCCAUGAAGAUCCAGGAAUCCAUGCGGUACUCACUCCUCGCCGGCGGCAAGAGGAUCCGACCCGCCUUAUGUAUCGCGGCCUGCGAGCUCGUCGGCGGCCACGAGUCCACUGGGAUGCCGGCGGCCUGCGCGGUGGAGAUGAUACACACCAUGUCCCUGAUGCACGACGACCUCCCCUGUAUGGACAACGACGACCUCCGCCGCGGAAAGCCCACCAACCACAAGGCCUUCUGCGAGGACGUGGCGGUCCUCGGCGGCGACGCCCUCCUUGCCUUCGCGUUCGAACACAUCGCCACCGCCACGGUGGGGGUUUCGUCGGAGAGAAUCGUCCGGGUGAUCGGAGAAUUGGCGAAGUCAAUUGGGUCAGAAGGGUUGGUUGCAGGCCAGGUGGUUGAUAUAAGUUCUGAAGGAGGAGUCGUCUCUGAAAUUGGGUUGGAACACCUCGAAUUCAUUCACGUCCACAAGACUGCAGCUUUGUUGGAGGGCUCAGUGGUUUUGGGGGCAAUUUUGGGAGGUGGGUCACAUCAAGAAGUAGAAAAACUCAGAAAAUUUGCAAGAUGUAUUGGAUUGUUGUUUCAGGUUGUGGAUGACAUUCUUGAUGUGACCAAGUCCUCCCAAGAAUUGGGAAAGACUGCAGGCAAAGAUUUGGUGGCCGAUAAAGUCACAUAUCCAAAGCUGAUUGGCAUUGACAAGUCCAGAGAGUUUGCUGAGAAGUUGAAUGAUGAGGCUAAGAGUCAUCUUGCUGGAUUCGAUCCGGAGAAGGCCACGCCAUUGAUUGCAUUGUCGAAUUAUAUUGCUUACAGGGAAAAUUGAUCUGUUGUACCACAUUUUGUUGCUCUGUUUUGGACUUGGAAUUGAUGCUCAUUGUAUGUGUUGUAAUUGGGAAUUGAUGCUCAUUGUGUUGUUUCAGUUCUUCAAUGGAUUUUCGGGUUUUUGCGAAAAUUGUGUAACCUUCAUUGUACAAUGUGCAUAGAUUGAUUCCAAAUUUUCAUAUUGAA